UCAUCAACAGAGGACCUGACCCUGGACCCCGAUUCGGCCAACCACCUCCUCAUCCUCUCCGCAGACCUCAAGAGCGUGAGGAUGGGCUGUAGGAAACAGGAGCUGCCCGACAACCCCAAGAGAUUCGACACCAACUCUCGGGUGCUGGCCAGCACGGGCUUCAAGUCGGGAAGACAUUACUGGGAAGUGGAGGUGGGAGCCUCGGAUGGUUGGGCCUUUGGGGUGGCCAAAGAAUCCGUCAGGAGGAAAGGUCUGACCCAGUUUUCUCCCGAAGAAGGGAUCUGGGCGGUUCAACAGAACGGAGGUCGGUACUGGGCGGUCACCUCGCCCCAACGCACCCCGUUGUGCCUCAGCCAGAAACUCAAUAAGGUGCGGGUGUACCUGGAUUACGAAGGGGAAGAAGUUUCCUUCUACAACGCCGACAACAUGCAGCACAUCUUCACCUUCAACGUCGCCUUCCAGGAGAAGGUCUUCCCUCUCUUUUCCGUCUGUUCCACCGUUACUUACAUCAAACUGUGCCCCUGA